GUCGUGGUGGUCGUUAUCUCGUCGCUCCUCGGUGUCUGUGGCAGGUAGUUCUAGGGUUGGAUUUACCGGCUGGUUUACAUAUAGAUUCACGGAGAGAGAGGAAUCGCUGGCAAUUGGAGAAUGUCGUUCCUGUGGGAGAAGAGCCGGACUUGGAGGUGGAUCGUGACCAAGACUAGGGACUCAAAGCCCUUCUUCGUCGCUUUUGCCACCGUCUGCGGCGUCGUUCCGGGAGUCGUCGGUUUCUGUGUCAUGCAGCUCACCAAUUCCCGCUCUCCUGAGUUGGAAGCCAAGCUCCGCCAAAAUGCCCGCCCCGAUUCCCUUAUGAUGGGGAAAGUGAACAAAGAGAGGCUGGGAGAAUUCCUUGGGGAGUUGCAGAGGAAAGAGGAUACAAAUGACAGGUAUGUUGCUGCUCUGAGAGGGGAAACGUUGACUAGAAACCCAUAUGUGAGAAUGCAACCUGUCCCGGAGCAAAGCGCAGCUGAAGUUAGCAAGGAACAGGAGUAGAUAAUGAGACUGCCCGCGCUGGGUUGGUCUGCUGGUGGCAGUAGCCUCCUUAGGUGAGUUCCACCUGGGUUCGAUCCUGGGCAGCAACCCAGUUGUUAUCUUCUUCAGCAUCGGUCGGGCUUGCUCUGCUGGAGCGCUGUGGGAUUAAUCGGGUGUAGACCCGGAUAUCCACAGUGAUGACAAAAAAAAAAAAAGAUAAUGAGACUGCUGUUGGCAGAUUUUUGUACCCAACCUUUUUUCCCCCCUCCCUUUUCACUACCAUUGUAGAGCACUAUUAUGUACUAUAUAACGGUGGCUUCUGGUUUACUGGUUUACUGGUUCUUUAUCAUAAUGGGAUCGCCGAGACUGGAGCUUGGCUUAUAUACAUUUGUUCUUUAUAAAAAGGGCAAAUAUUAGAUGGUA